GGACUCCGGUCACUGUGGCAACGCGGCGGGCCCGGAGGCCGCUCCCGGCAGGCGCGCGCGAGAGCGAGUGAGCGAGAGCGAGCACGGCCAGGCAGAGACGCAGCAGCGGCAGAGGGAGAAGCAGGCUCCCCGCGGAGCAAGGAGCCCGAUGCGGGACUCGAUCCCAGGACGCUGGCAUCAUGACCUGAGCCGCAGGCAGCUGCUCAACCCACUGAGCCACCCAGGCGUCCUCAGGCAUUUUUUUUUUUUUUUUAAAGAAAUCUAGUUUUUAAAAAUUUUUCAGUUUUUUUUUGAAGAUUUUAUUUUAUUUAUUUGACAGAAUAAUCACAAGUAGGCAGAGAGGCAGGCAGAGAAAGGGGGAAGCAGGCUCCCCGCUGAGCAGAGAGCCCGAUGCGGGACUCGAUCCCAGGACCCUGAGAUCAUGACUUGAGCCGAAGGCAGAGGCUUAACCCACUGAGCCACCCAGGCGCCCCAAGUUAGGCAGUUUUAUAAGGAAACUUCAACAGUGACAUCCCGCUGUUCUCCAGAGGCACAUGAUGCCAGCUUGUCCCAUGACGGGGGCACUGAGGUAUGUGGUUUAGGUGUGUCUCGGUUACAGAAUUCUUACCAUUUUUCUGUUGGCAAGUAGCUCACCUUGCAGGGAGGUCAUGUAACCGCACUUUGUAUCACGGGUGUUUCCUGAGGCCAUUAUUAAUCCUGUUCACCAAAUAAAGACUUUCUGUUCCCAUUAUGCUUUGUACACACUGGUUGGAAUCCUACUGUAAGAAGGAACCUUGUGCCCCAGUCUUCUUUAAGCAGGCUCCGCUCCCAGCUGGGGCUUCAGCACCCAGAGACCAGGAGCCACCUGCUCUGCCCACGGAGCCAGCCGGCUGCCCCAGAAGCCUUCCCUGCUCCCCAUUUGUCCCUUCCUGUUACUUAGAUGUUUCUACUUUGUUUUUAUCCCAUUUGUUAUAAUCCAUUGCUGUAUUGUGUUGCUGAUUCUCCAGAUAUGGGCUUUGGGAGCCCCGUCCAGUGGACUUCUGUGUCCUUUCAGCAUGUCCCCCAACAUUUCUCAGCACCGCCAGAUGUUCAGGCCCAUCUCCAGCUUCCCUUGUCCUGGCCUGAAUCGGCCACUUCUCUGUGGAGCUCCGGCUCCUCCUCGUUUUGAAGAGCGCAUUCGGAAACCAGCAUCGGGCUGUGGGUGUGCUGACUGCGGUGUCCUUGCUUUGUGGCCUUCUCGGUGGGCAAAGCCAGGACAUCAGACCCACCCGCAUCUGUUUCUGUGUGUGUACAUCUGUGUAUAUAUUAAAGCUAUUCGGAGUUUCGGUUUGUGAACCGUGUUGUUCUGAAAGCCGGCGGCUCCCGGGGCGGGCCGGCCGGCUCAGCGUGGGGAGCACGGCUCCUGAUCCUGGGGUCACAGUUUGAGCACCACGCUGGGUGUGGAGAGCACUUAUAUGCAUCAACGGCUUUUACCUAUGGUCGUGGGACUACUUGGUAGUCAGUGGAGCACGGGAAGAAAGGCUUGUGGUCACAGGCCCAUGAUUUUCAGGCCCUGGAUGUGCCGGAAGAGGCCACGUAUGGAGUUUAGCUCAGACGGCCCACGCUGUGUCCCAGCUUGAGUGCAGAACCAGAGAUGAGCCACCUCUGCACUUUCUUUCAAGUCCCACAAAAACGUCUUGUAGAUUAAACUCACUACCUGUGUUUAUGGAGCGACGAGGGAACACUCCUUAAUGAGGAGUGAAACGACACUUCACGCCCCUCAAGGUGUCGUACGGCCGGGUCAGAGUGCGGCCGCUUACUGGAGCGUUCUCGAGUGCGCGUGAAGAACGCCGAAGCUGGAGCUCUGAGUGUCCCUUGCUCCGUUUCUGAGUUCCGGUCUGUAUUUGCUGUGUGCUGACAAGGUGGCUGCUGUGGGGUCCGCUCAGGAGUGGCUGCGCUGCACUUCUGUGACCCCGUUUCAGAGUGUCCCCGCAGGGCUCUCGAGUCCCACCCACUGGUCUCCCCGGUCCCAGCCGCAAACGGAGAAGAAAGUAUCAGUCUGCGGUGGACUGGAGAUCGAGAGGCAAGGAAGCGGCUCGUGAGUGCUGAAUCUCCUGGAGACCGGGGCGGGUGCCCCGCGGGGCCGCGGCUCUCGGAGGCUGGCGGGCUCCGGCGCUCGCUCGCUGCUUCGCGGCCGUGUCCCCUCAUCCGUUCGGGAGCCUGUUCGGAAGGACCCACUCUUGUCGGUGAGCCGGGGUUUCCUGUCUUUCCUUCCUGCACUGCUGGGGGAGGACAGGCUGAACAGAGCCCUCAGGGUCUCGCCCUGGGGGCCCCCCUGUGGCUCUCAGAACGCGUGACCAGACAGCUGCCGGCCGGCCCAGAGCGUGCCCCCACUUGGUGACAGUGACGCCGAGGACGGGGGCCUGGGGCGGGUGUUGCAGAAGGACAGCCAGAGCCCCUAACUGCGGGCCCGCCGCCCACCUUGCCCCGGCCGCAGCCGCGCAGAUGCUGCCGCCCACGGAGCAGGCCCUGAGCCAGCUGCUGGCCCGUAAGGAGGAGGAGUGGCGAGCGCUGCAGGCCCAGCGCGGCCGGCUGCAGGAGGCGGCCCUGCAGGAGGCGCACAGCCGGCUGCACCAGGCGCAGGGGGAGCUGCGGAGCCUGCGGGAGGACUUCGUCCACAACCUGCAGGUGCUGGAGGAGCGGGACCGUGAGCUGGAGCGCUACGACGUGGCCUUCGCCCAGGCCCGGGGGCUCGAGGAGGCACAGCGGGCGGAGGUGAGCGAGCUCAGAGUGGAGGCGGCCCGGCUGCGGCAGGCGCUGGCCCUCGAGGCCCGGCGGCGGGAGGACCUGCUGCGGCAGCACCGCCUGACGCUGCAGGAGCACCGGCGGGAGCUGGAGCGUGCACACAGCGACAAGAACAGUGAGAUGGACCAGCAGCGGGAACAGUACGAAAGCCUGAACCGGCAGCUGGAGAGAAAGCUCGCGGAGCUCCAUGGCGCGCUAGCUCAACAGAGGCAGGAGCUGCUGCUGGAAUUCAAGUCGGAAAUGCAGAAGCGGGAGCACGGGUUCCGCCAGCAGGCAGACAGCUUGAGCACCGUGGUCUCGACUCAUGAGCUCAAGGUGAAAGUGUUGAACGAGGAGCUGGUGGCUGUGAAGGAGGCAGCCGCCCAGGCCGCGGAGUUGCUGCGGAGCGCGGAGGCUGCCGGCGCGGGGCUGGAGGACAAGCUGCGGUGCAGGGACCUGGAGCUCAGGGCCGCGGCCGCUGCCAAGGACGCCCGGAUAAAGGACUUAGAGGACAGACUGAACUGUGUGCAGCUCUCCAGGAAGGAAGAAGAGGAGGUGGCCAGGAGGAUGCACGAGGAGCUGGACCGUCUGGCCAGGGAGAGGGACGCGGCGCUGGCGGCCGUGAAGGGCGCGCACGCGGAGCAGCUGCAGGCGCUGGAGGCCCGGGCCCGGGAGCUGCAGGCCCGCUGUGAGGCCCUCGAGCUGCAGCUGCGCCGGGCCGAGUGGAGGCAGGGGGACACGCUGAGGGAGAAGGACGCCGCCCUGGACAGACUUCGGGAAGACGCGUUGGCUCUAAGAUCCGGCUGGGAUGCCCAGAUCGCUGAGCUGUCCAAGGAGAUGAUCUCCAAGGACCUCCAGAUUCAGUCGCUGCAGGCAGAGGCAGUGGAACUCAAGGCACAUCUGGCCAGAUGUCAGCAAGACAUUGGAAGGUACAAGCAGCAGCUGUCCGCCGCCGAGGAGAGGCAGCGGGGCCUGGAGCGCGAGAAGGCGCAGCUAGAGCUGGACUGGCGGCAGCGCUGUGACGUCGUGGAGAGGGACCACUACCGCAAGGCCGAGGACCUGAUUCGGGCCUUGAGCGAGGCGCGGGAUCAGGCCUCUGCGAAGCUCCAGGAGACGGAGCGGACACUGCGUGACCAGGAGGAGGUGCUCAAGGCCUUGACGCUGGAGAGAGACCAGGCCGUGCAGGCAUUGAGGACACGCGGCCUCCUUCCCGAGAAGGAGGUGCAGGUGCUCCUCGGGCAGCAGGAAGAAGAGAUGAGGGCAAGUUUUCCGUCCAGUGAGAUGCAGAGGCUCCAGGAGCAGAACGCAAGCUUACGAAGGGCUGUUGCGGAGAUGCGGAAAGAAAUGGAGACUCUGAGUGACCACGUUCCUCCUCCUGCCCCGUCGGGGGCUCGGGCCGCCGACACAGAGCAGCCCCGUCCAAGCCCAGAGGCAGCAGCUGAGGCGCCUGAUCACAUCACGGUCCUUGAAACAGAAAUACGGAAUCUAAAGCAUAAAUUCAAAGCCUUGGAAGAGCAACUAGAAGACGUGUUUGAUCCUUCAAAGACCUCCUCCUCUUACGCUGACUUUCAACCCAGCGUCCACGCCUCGGCCCACAGUGAGGGAGAGAGCACGAGAGCAGGGCGAGAGGCAGGAGGAGAAGCAGGAGGAGCUGUGCCGGCCGAAGGUGCCCUCGUUGGGCUAGCGCUCAGGAGGCUCCGAAACAGGGCACACGUCGUGAACCUCCUGGUGGCCCGGCUCAGGCAGAAGGUGCUGCAGCGACCCCUGGACGUGGACACCGUCCAGCACGCGCUUCCCCGUGAGGUGGACCAGGUGCGCCAGCAGGUCUCGGAGCUGCGGAAGCAGGUGUUUGAGCUUGAGGAGCACCUCGGGAACAGGCCGCUGUUGCCCGCCUUGGACAAGGUGGCCCUCGGGAGGGAGAGCCCCACAGCGACUGAGGACCAGGGGCCGCAGCCCCCACAGGCCUUGUCUGUGCCCCGACUGCAGAGGAAACUAAAGGAAGCCGCCCGAAAAAUCCUCCGCCUCCGCCUGGAGAAAGAGCAGCUCCUGGAGAUGGGGAACAGGCUCCGUGCGGAGCUCGGCCAUCGGGCCCCGGGGGGAGCGGCUCAUCACCCCCCGCCCGGCCCCGGGGUCCAGAACCGGAGUGUCACCCGCGAGGCCGCUUCGGGACAACUGCAGCCCGGUUUUGCAGCUCAGGACUCUGAGAACACCAGGAAGACCCAUGUCUCCGAGCACUCCGGGAAGGUGCAGCCCCGCCUGGCCCAGACAGCCGGGAGAAGCCAGCCUCCGCAGGGCCAGGCGGCGGGAGCAGUGACAAGGUCAGGGCAGUGGCAACACAGAACAUCUGCGGCGACUUGCAGAUGCCCUCGGCACAAAGAAAACCAGUCCCCAAAGCUGCGCUCGGCUCACGAAGGCCCCACGGAGAGUAGGUGCCUGGCUGGGAGCUCCUCCUCGGUGGCCAGCGGUCCCCUCCAGGACAUGUGGAAGUUACUGGACCUGGGAUCCAGCCCCUCUGGCCUCACGUCCCAGGAUGACUCAGCACCAGGAGCCUUCUCUGGAAGCACCUGCCUGAGAGUCCCCAGCAGCGCGGCAGAGGCAGGAGGGAAGACCUGUCCCCUGAGGGCUGGGCCUCUGCUGGACAGUCCAGGGAGCAGCCAGUACGUCGGGACCGAGGCGGCCCCGUCUCCAGGCCACCGUGGGCAGAGAUCGCUGGGGAGCCCGAGACUCCUGCCUCGGAGACGCCUGCCCGUCCCCGCAGCCCUACUGUCUUCUGGCCUGUCCGCGGUGUCUCCGCCUGCCCCCGGCCAUCCGGGGCCUGGCAGAGCCGCCCGCGGGUCACCGGGCUGGAAGCUGGACCGCAGCUCAGGGCCCUGGCUUCCUGUGGGUGGAGGACCUUCUAGGCAGGCCGACGUGUCCUAG